GGGCCGGCGACGCGAAAUAUUUUCUAAUCCAUCAUUUCUUCUACAACAUGGGAACUUGCGAGCAAAAGUCCCAGGAGGGACUAUCGAGAAAUCUACUAUACCGAAUACUCUCCGAGCACCCGUCUCUUAUCCCCGAAGUCCUUCCAAGCGUGUGGAAACAAUUCUACGACAACCGCGACACGGUUCACUUACCGUCUGCGGCCGAAACCAAGUCCGCGUUUCGGGUUAUUGCGAGGAAGGCAUCGCAGAUCGGAAAGUUUUGUUUCUUUAUCGACGGGCUAGAUGAAUUCGUCGGGAAUUAUCUGGACGGUAUGGAUUUUCUUAAGGAGCUUGCCGCGAAUCCUCAUAUCAAGAUAUUGGUCUCAAGUAGGCCAAUUCCGGAUUGCGUUGCUUCUUUUAGCGGGCUCCCCUCGUUGGAGCUCCAUCACUUGACACGCGCUGAUAUCAGGGCUUAUGUUAAAGAAACCAUCGGCGGUCAUAGAUAUAUGCAAGGUCUCUUAAAUCGCCACCCCGAAGAGGCUACGACAAUUAUGGAAGACCUAGUCGAUAAAUCCUCGGGCGUCUUCCUAUGGGUUAGACUCGCUUGUAGGUCCCUUAUCUCAGGGUUUGCAGAUUACGAUAGGAUUCACGAGCUCCAACGUCGUGUAGACGAGCUUCCACCAGAGCUCGAGGAGAUGUUCCAGCACAUGCUUAAUAGAAUCAAUAAGCGGCACAGAGAACAAGGGUCUAGGAUGCUGCGGAUAUGCUUCGUAGCGCAACAAGCGCACGGCAAACUCCGGUACAGAGACUUGGCUUUGCUCGGCCUUGCUCUGAUAGAUGAUGACUAUACAAGCGUGGAACGAAUAUCGGCCCUAAGCAGAGGCCAGAAGCGCACAUUAUGCGAAGAACUCGAAGGGCGGUUAAGAAGUCGAACGGGAGGAUUACUAGAGACGCAUUGGGAAGCAGGUGGUAUCUGCCUACAGGACGGUAAAUAUUGCUUUUGCGGUUCAAAAAGCGGAGGUGACCACGAUACCAAGAUUGACGCAAAAGUAGUAUUCAUGCACCGGUCGGUUUUUGAAUUCUUGAGCAACGAGAAAUCGUGGGACCUCGAGUGUUUGCGACCUCCUGAAGGCCUCCAGCCAGCCUCAGAGCUGUCCCUCAUUGGUCUCUACUUAACCAUGACAAGCACCCCCUACUAUUCCUAUCAAGCGACUCUAUUUCUCCAAGAUGGACUUCAUUGGGGGGGACAAUUUGAUAGCCAGUACCCGGAAAGUAAAAGCAACAUCUUCUGGGUCAUUCAGCCGUUCAUCGAUAGUUUGAAGCUGAAUUUUCAAAGAGAACAUAAUAUGCUAGGACGGAUUGCCAGAGGGGGCGAAUCGUCGUCGGUAGUAGUUGAUCUUGCUGCUGAAGUAGGAGCAAUCAACUACGUCAAAACCCAUAUCUCCUUUCCGCAGAACGAUUCGUCAAAAUCUGAGGAUAGAUGGUCCACUUUACUGUACCAUACCGUUGCUCUACCCUUGAUCUCCGGCGAUUUCUCGGAGUGGAUCAAUAUAUACAAUCCUGAGCUAUUCCUCGACAUAGUUGCUUUACUGAUUUCCCAGGGCGGGGAUCUCAACUAUAAGAUUUUCGAUACGGUCAAGACCAGGACCACGACUCCUUGGCUUAAAUGGCUAGAGUCAACGUUGUGGAUAAUUAUGGAUGAGAGCCACUUGUUGUUUCUCGCAGAAGUAGGAGAGAUCUUCCUUCGCUCCGGCGCAGAUAUUUCGGAACACUUUCGCCACUGGGUUCAGUUAAAAUUCCAAAAGAGAAACUGCCCUCGCAUUCGACAAGCGGGCGCCAAGUUGCUCGAUCUAGCCGAUCAGCUGGAGCUAGAGAACGCCCCCAGCUAUCCCGAUGAAGCUGAAGAAGAGUCCGGUGGGCAGGACCAGGGUAAAGGAUUUGCAUUCGCGGGAGCAUCGCCGCAUUUCAAUGCCCAAAGACAACCGAAUCUAAGGGAGGGAAGGCGAUGUUUUCCAAGAGGAUUAUCGCAAACGAGCGCGUUUGUCCGAUCCCUACCUAGGUAAGUCUGUACAUGGGGGCAAAUUCUUGAUUUUAGCAACGUACGGAAAGUGGCCUCUAUAGUGGAGGAUUUAAAGAUAAGAGCUAUCUAAAGAUAAUCAAUAGGAGUUUAAAUGUUGUCACGGAUAACUGAUGGUGAGAUUCAAGGGGAGCAUAGAACGGCGUUAUGGAGGGGUUAACACAUGUGAGCAAGAUACGGCAAUUAAACCGAUAUGUGAAAGACGAGAUACCCUUGUUUUGAAAACUGCCUGGAA